UUUUCUUAUGGGUUUUUACAUGGGGCAAACGUAACAUUCGACCUUAACGGAAAAAACCGAGGUUUUGGGUGCAAUGGAAAUGGGCUAUGAAUUCUACGUUCACGACCUACAUGAAAUUAUCGAUACCUAACACAGAAAUUUCGAAGUAGGGUAAAAAAGCUCACCAAUCGACAAACAGCGCCAAGAUGAGCCAAAAAAUUCGCAAGCCUGCAAUAUCGUGGAGUGCCUUCCACGAGGCUAUGUUGUUUGAGCUAUGGGAGGAGAAUUUGACGGCAUUGAGGUCUGCCCAAGAAAACCCACACAUAUAUAAACGUAUGUGUGAGAAGUUUUUGGCGGCAGGCUUCAAUGUUGAGUGGAAGGACGUCAAGACCAAGUUGGACAAUUUGACCAAAAAAUAUAAAAAUGAGAUUAAGAAGCGAGGUCCAUCGCAGUGGCACCAUUUUGCCAAGGUGCACAGGAUUUUAUCAGCGGAAAAGCCCAUAAAUUUGGAAGAAUACGUCCUCGACAGCAUGGAUCCCGAUGAAGGAAAGUGGGAUAGAUUCAUGCCGACUUUUUCUGAACUGAGCGACUCGAUUGAUUCGUAUUCUGAGGAUUCUAGCGUAAUCCCAGAAUCUUCUGAAUCCGAAUCAUUCGAACCGUGCGGUUCAGCUGGGCCGCCAGCUAAAAAGAGACGAAGAGGCCGACGAAUGCCUGAAUUCGAGCGUCUCAUGGUCAAGGACGCAAACAGUAGAACCGCUAUUCGUGAGCGCUUUCGCAACGCUCGUCUCCAAUUAAUGAAGCGAUUAAUCAAGGCAAUGGAAAAACGAGGAUUAAAUAAAGAUCAAUGUUACAAAUUAUAUAUUUCUAUUUUGUUAAUAUUAUAAUUUUGAAAAUAUAAU